UGGUAUUACGAUUACAAAUCGUCCUUUUGUCCAUAAAGUUAUUUAAAUAAGUGAAUUUAGUUUAGGUUACUUGCACGAAUCGAUAAAAGUUUUACUUUUUUCUGCGUCUUUGCCUCCACGCCCAUGCAUUUGUAAAUAAAAAAUAAUAUUUGUCAAUUGCUUGUUCCCGCUGGUUUUUCGAAUAUUUAUUUGGAUUUUGUAUUUUACAUUUACAAUGAUUGUGUCAUACCCCUUUGCGACAAGCAUGUCUAGUGUAGCUAACCAGCAGAAGACCAUUCGGCUGGUUAACGUUCUGCCAGCUCCUAAAAUCACUAAGAUAAAGAAAGAGGUAGUGGAGGAUGAAGAAGACACAGUUUGCUGCCGGCUGUGUGGCAAAUCCUUCGCCAAUGAGCGAGCGCUGGGAAACCAUGCGCGUAUGGAGCAUAUUGACGCGUACGCCAGUGGGGACCCAAAAGUGUGGACGCAGGAACUCUUUGCUGGCAAGAAAGCUCGCAUCGCAGCAGAGAAUCAGCUUAUCCAGCAACGCACGGAGCAGAUGCUGUCCGUCAUGGAGCCCACCAGCCUCACCAGCCUCGCCUCAUCGGAUGUCAGCUACAUCAUUAUCAAAGCGGAAGACCAGGAGCUAGCGGAGACUGCCACCGUCUCCAAGCGGCGGAAGAUCGAGAAGGCCAGGGAAAAGGUGGUGGUGAUGAGGAAAGAGAAGGAAGCGCAGCCCAUCACUGGUCCAUUCGAGUGCCUCCAGCCGUCGGCGACCAUCGCGGGCGGCACGUGCCACCAGAUCUUCUUCUCGUGCUGCGAGUACUCGGCGCACCACCGCGACGAGCACACCAGGAGGCGCAAGGGAGUCCGCUGCCAAGUCUGCGAGGCUCCUCUGACCCCUGCACACAGUGCCCCUCAUGUUUGCCAGGUGUGCGGGCAGGGCUUCGAGACGAUAGACGAGCUGACCGACCACACUAACUCUGCACACGUCAAGCUCAAGCCCUACGAGUGCAGCGUGUGCCACAAGCGGUUCACGCAGCAGGGCGGCGUGCAGCAGCACAUGCGCAUGCACACCGGCGACCGCCCCUUCCCCUGCACAUUCUGCCCUAAAGCAUUCACACAGAAAUCAGGCCUAGACCAGCACCUCAGAAUCCACACAAAAGUGAAACCCUACCGCUGCGUCAUAUGCGACAAGAAAUUCUGCCAAUCCGUCCACCUGAAGCAGCACAUGCGCACACACACACACGUCGCGCCCUUCCAGUGCGCCAUCUGCCAGAAACGCUUCAAGCAGUCCAGCCACCUCAACUACCAUCUUAGAGCACACAACGCUAAUGCUGAUAAAGAGUUCUACGUCGGUGAGAAGGAGGUCGUUGAGGUGGAAAUAUCGCAAGAUGUCGCUAUGUACGCGGAGCAGAACGAGACGUAUAUAGUUGGGGACGCGUGGGAACCGGAUCAGGAACAGGAACAGGAUCAGGAACAGGAGACUUAAGUGAUUGAAGUUUAAGUCCGUUCCUGUGGUACAGUUGAUUACUGAUUGGAGUAUUGAACUCCUAAGCCGUACAAAUGGAAAAUGCCAAAUUUGAACCUUUAGUGUAGGAAAUAGAGUUGAUUUUGCGUUGUUUAAAAACUGAACGAAACAUAGCGAAAGCAACUCUGUUCCAAUCGAAUAUGAUUUAAAUUUCAUUGAACUGAAUAUGUACUAUAGGUAGGACCUUGGGCCUUAGGAGGUUAUAAUGGUCAACCCUUUGAACGCCACGCCUAUCGUGCGCGGCGCCUCAUCGUGAACCGGGUCUCUAUUGUUUCCGAAAGAGUUUUAAGUCAUCAUGUAUUGUUUGAGCGCAUUUUCGUUAGUCAUAAUUUAUUUGGUUCAGAAACGCGUCACUUUUCAGGAUUGUCAUAAAACAAACCUAACCUAACCUAUCUAUAGGAUAACCUUACGAAAAUCCUGAAAAGUUAACGGUUUCAGUUUUACUAAUGAUAAUAUGACAAACAAUACGUUAUGACUUAAAACUAUAUGGGAAACAAACGGACCCCUCGUGGAACCUUGUCGGAAUGCAUGAAGGUUGAUACAGGUGUAUAAUUGUUUUCCAUCGUAUUUUCUCGGAAACGUUCGUAUUUGUCAUGCUACUUCAGUGAACUUCAGUACUUUUUGUACCGAGACUGACUGAAACAGCAAGACACGUUCGUACGUUUCCGUGAAAAUACGAAGGAAAGUAAUUAUGCACUAGAUCUGUAUUGGGAUGUAGCCGUGUGCGAUAUUUCACGUGGUUGGCGGUCAAAAGGUUAAAGUCUUGAUGAUUUUACUUUAUGUUCGCUGUGUAACGCUCGGAACUUUGUUUGUUUCGGUGUAUCCCCAUUUGUCCCCGCGCUAUGUAUAUCCCCAUUAUAUGAGGCGGGGACAAAUCGGAAUGACUUAUAUGUAAAACCUAUUCCAAUCUGUUCCCGGCGAAGACGAAUGGGAAUACACCAUUUUUUAGUGAAAAGACUUUUGCAACUCGCUUUUGCGAGUUUUUGUUUUCGCGGUUAUAGUGGUAUAUCACUCGAUUAUUCGGCCGUGCUUCGAGCAUUAGUUUUGGUUAGGGCACAGCGACAAAAAGAACGUACAGUCAGCAGCAGAAAUUGCUAAGCGGGCGAGGUGUUCAAAAUUACCUUGACACGCUCUUAUUCUCUUAACAAUCGAGAUUUCAAGGUAGAUACUUUAAAGAUAUGCGACAUGAUUUGUCAGCUUCAAACGAUUUUAUUAGACAAAAUUCUGUACGUAGUACUAUUAUCUGAAUAUAGUUACCUCUUAGGCCUUAGUAGACAUAAUUAAUUUUUUAACUGGUCAUUCUCCAGAUCCACUCCAUCAAAUCAUACUAGAUUAUAAAAUGUUUGACGGAGUUGAGGCUGACUGCAGUCAU